UGUGGGGAGAGUCCGAAGAACUGACCAGCUUCCUGGGGACCGAGGUGGGGUUCCCUCCAUGGAAACCUGGUCGUUAGGAAUGGCCCCGUCCCUGGGGCAGGCACUGUCACACUGCCCAUUUCCCAAGGGAGGAAACAGACCCAGAAGAAAUUCGCUCAAGGCCACCGCAGGAGGCGGAGUCAGAGGCGGACCCGGAAGCUCAUAAUUGCAGAAAUCGGGGCCCAAAGCCUAAGCCUAGGAUUCCUAAGUCCCAGGGCAGGGCGCUCUCCUCCAGCAGAACCCGGGGAAGGCCUCCUGGACGCGGAAGCGCUCACUGGGGGAAAACCGAGGCAGGGGUGGCCUACGGAAGAAAUUUUGAGGUUGGGGAAAGGAAGAAGGAAAGGACUCGUUCCACGCUGCUCCGACCCCAAAGGACCCGGUGCGUUUAAACAUUCCGUGAGGUUGAAAACUCGCGAGGGAAAGACGCGACCCAGUCCUGAAUAAAUAUGAACCAGACGGUGCCUCUCCCUGAAACACGGCAUUACUUCCGCCACAAGCAAAGAUGGAACAGCGGAGCCCGUCCGUCCGGAAGGAGGCCCCAUAGAGGCACUUCCGCCCCCCCUCAAGAUGGCACCAGCGGAAGGGGCAGGGAACCGCUGGGUGGCGAUGGCAGCGUCGAGGCUGGAGCUGAAUCUGGUGCGGCUGCUGUGCCGCUGCGAGACGAUGGCAGCAGAGAAGCGGGACCCGGACGAAUGGCGGCUGGAGAAGUACGUGGGGGCCCUUGAGGACAUGCUGCAGGCCCUGAAGGCUCAGGCGAGUGGGCAGGUUUUCCUCUUCUUGACUUCCAGCAAACCAGCCUCAGAGGUAAUCAAUGAAUAUUCCCGCAAGGUGGAUUUUCUGAAGGGAAUGCUGCAAGCCGAGAAGCUGACCUCUUCCUCAGAGAAGGCACUAGCCAACCAGUUUCUGGCCCCCGGCCGUGUGCCAACCACAGCCAGGGAGCGGGUGCCUGCCACCAAAACAGUGCAUCUGCAGUCACGAGCACAGUACACCACCGAGAUGAGGAGUGAGCUUCUAGCCAUGGACUCUGCUGGAGAGCCUGAGCUGGAUGUGAGGAAGAGAAUGGUCAGUGGGGUGUCAGGGCCCAGGCCAGUGGAUGAGAAGCAGUCGGCAGCCGAACUAGACCUCGUCCUGCAGCGACAUCAGAACCUCCAGGAGAAACUGGCAGAGGAGAUGCUAGGCCUGGCCCGGAGCCUCAAGACCAACACACUGGCUGCCCAGAGCGUCAUCAAGAAGGACAACCAGACCCUGUCACACUCACUCAAGAUGGCUGACCAGAACCUAGAGAAGCUGAAGACAGAAUCAGAGCGGCUAGAGCAGCACACACAGAAGUCAGUCAAUUGGCUGCUCUGGGCCAUGCUUAUUAUUGUCUGCUUCAUCUUCAUCAAUAUGAUCCUCUUCAUCCGUAUCAUGCCGAAACUCAAAUGAAGACCUGACCUAACUCAUCUUCUACCCUCCAUCUGUCCAUGGGUGCCCUUUGGGGUUGGCAACAAGAUAUGAGGGUUUUUGAAGGUUCCUGAGAGCCACAGAGUGUGCAUGAGCAGGAGAGCAAGGUCAGUCUGCAGGAGUGGUAAAUCAGCAAACUCUCCUUCCAUUCCCCACUGGUACCUUC